UCUAGCUAUAGGCGGAUUCGUGUGUUACGUUGUAUUUGAAAUUGCGACUGCGUUUGGAACAUUGGGAUCUUUAGCAUAUUGCUAUCUCUGUUCACGAGAAUGGAACAAAAGUGCAAAAUCGGUGGUGAAAAUUUGAGAAAUUGAAAUGUUGUAAACAAGGACAGAAUCAGCGAAUUGCCUGAAGCUUUGCUCGUGCAGAUACUAUCUUCACUUCCAACGAAAAUUGUCGUAUCAACAAGUGUUCUGUCUAACCGCUGGAGAUCUCUUUGGAAGAUGGUGCCAAAACUCAAGUUUGUUUCUGCAGAGAAUGUCAUCAAGUCUCUUCUUUUAAAUAAAGCUCCUGUUCUAGAGAGUUUUCAUUUAAAAACUAAUUUUGGAGAUGCUCGAGAUCGUAUUGAGACAUGGCUUGCAAUUGCAUUUGCGCGCAAGUUGCGCGAAUUGCUACUUGAAGUUGACUCAGAGCACGACGACUUGGUGACACUUUCAAGUGUUUUAUUUAGCUAUAACGAUACUCUCGAGAUCUUGGUACUCCGUUCUUGUUACAUUCAUUUAGAGUUUCCUACUCGGGUUCGUAUGCUUUGUCUUCGGAAGCUGCACCUCUACGGCGUGCUUCUCAACGACGAAGCAUCUGUGUGCAACCUUUUCGGUGGCUGCCCUGUUCUUGAAGAUUUGGUCGUGCAUCAAAUCAAGAAUAUCAAUGUGGGGACUUUCACUAUCGAGGUGCCAUCGUUACAGAGGCUAACCAUAUAUCAAAGGAAGUCAUCAUCACUAGAAGGGAAAGAGAAAGGAGGUUAUGUGAUAAAUGCACCUUCUUUGAGAUACUUGAGCAUUGAAGGGUCAGGGUUCGAUGGUCUUGAGUUUUGUCUGAUUGAGAAUGCGCCAGAGUUGGUCGAGGCAAGAAUCAAGGACGUUUCUGAUAUAACCAACGAGAACAUUCUCGAGUCUCUAACUUCAGCCAAACAUCUUUCCUUACACUUGUCACCAUUAGAGAUUAAGUAUCCUAGUGGGAAAAUCUUCUACCAGCUUCUAUCUUUGGAACUGAGUACAAAUGAAAAAGAAUGGUGGAAUCUACUUUCGCUCAUGCUCGAUGCUUCUCCAAUAUUACAAAUCCUCAAGCUCAGCGACACAUCGUGUAGUGAGAAAGAUUGUACGGUGAACCGGAAAAAAUGGAACCAACCGAAUGGUGCACCGGAAUGUUUGUUGUAUCAUCUAGAGACCUUAGUGUGGACAAGAUACGAAUGGCAACGAGAAGAUGAGAAAGAAGUGGCUACGUACAUCCUUGAGAACGCAAGAAGGCUGAAGAAAGCAACUUUCGCCGCAAAACCCAUCGAAUCUAAAGAGUUUGAGAAGGCGGAGAAGAGACGUGAGAUGCUCAACGAGUUGGCUAGUGUGGUCAAGGCUUUAAAUUCAUGUCACCUCGUGUUAGAAUAGGGUUUCUGCCUUUUUCAACUAGGGUUUUCUUGGCUCAGAGCUCAUCCACCAAUCAGGUAGUAAAUCUACUCCAUGUCUCUUCUGACUUAUCAUAGUACUGUAGGUGAAUCAACCAAAGUCCAAACUUUGAUAUCAUGGUCAUUGCCGCAAAUCAUGG